CCUUGGCUCCCCCAAGUCUUGCCAAGCAGGGGCUGCCUGCCUUCCGUCAGGCCCAGCCCGGCCGCGACCUGCUUGAGGAGUUCCAGCGCCGUGAGCCAUACAAGUACCUGCAGUUUGCCUACUUCAAGGCUAAUAACCUUCCAAAAGCUAUUGCAGCAGCUCACACGUUUCUUCUGAAGCAUCCAGAUGAUGAAAUGAUGCAAAGAAAUAUGGCCUACUAUAAGAGCAUACCUGAUGCUGAGGAGCAUAUUAAAGACUUGGAGACAAAGCCGUAUGAGAAUCUCUUUGUCAGGGCUGUGAGAGCAUACAAUGGUGACAACUGGAGAACGUCCAUCUCUGACAUGGAACUGGCUCUUCCUGAUUUCUUCAAAGCCUAUGAUGACUGUACAGCAGCCUGUGAAGGCUCCCGAGAGAUCAAAGAUUUUAAAGACUUCUAUCUCUCCAUAGCAGAUCAUUAUAUUGAAGUCCUUGCAUGCAAAGUGGAGUGUGAGAGUAAUCUGACACCCAUUAUAGGAGGCUUUGUUGUCGAGAAAUUUGUAGCCACCAUGUACCAUUACUUGCAGUUUGCUUAUUAUAAAUUGAAUGACAUGAAGAAUGCAGCUUCUUGUGCUGCUAGUUACCUUCUGUUUGACCAGAAAGAUGAAGUAAUGAAACAGAACAUGGUAUAUUAUCAGUACCACAAAGACAAAUGGGGACUUAAAGAAGAGGAUUUUCAGCCAAGAUCGGAGGCAGUUAGAUACCACAACAUAACCACACUCCAGUUGGAAAUGUAUGAAUUCGCAAAGGAACAUCUGAUGGAUGAUGAUGAGGGUGAAGUUGUGGAAUUCCUUGAUGAGCUGUUAGAAGUAGAGGAAAAGAAGGAAUCCUGAUGAGUGAAGUCACCACGAAGUAUUUUACAAAAGUGAAGACUCGUCAUUGCUCCUUACUAUUGUUUUUGGUCACCUGUAGUUCCAGUUAGAUAUACCUCAAAGCUGCUCCUUUAAGCUCCGCCUUAUGUCACUGAAACCUCACUUCCAUGCUGCACUGACUUUUCUGUGAGCAUGGCUUUUCCCUGUGCAUUUACAGAAUUGAUGCAUAUGGGUUCUCCUC